UGGGGAUUGACUGGGCACCUGGUGCAGGGCCAUGUCCUUGGUCCCUCUCAGGAAAGGGCUGGGUGGGAUUGAAGUUCAGGGUCAACUAAACAAGCAACAGAGGCAGCACAGGGCACCUGUGAUGGACCCACAGUCUCCUUGAGGAGGACGUAGUGUGUCUCUGGGGCUUCUUAGUGAUUCCUGGUCACUCUGGGGGGCCACAGAAGGACAACAAGUGAGAACUGGCCUGUCCUUCGUGGUGAGGGGCCUGAGUCUGGGUCUCUGUCCCGGGGCAUCACCAGUGGUUGUGAAUAAUGGGGAGUUGGAGGACGUUUCCACCACAGGGCCCCUGGUGCUGAGAAAGGAAGCACCUGGUUUUCUGGGCAGAGUGGGUUGGGCUGCAGGUGCCAUUGGGGUGGGAAGGGAAGGACUGUGUUUUUCCCAAGCAAACCUAGUGGUUGUCUAGCCCCACAGAGGCUUGCUACAGGGGUGGAAAGCUCCAGACCCAGGGCUUUCUUUGUGUCAGGGUUGUGGGAGGCCACCACCUCACCAGCACAGUGAUCAAGCAGGGGGCUCUGCUCCUGGGGGGACUGUUGCUGGCCCUGAGCCCUGCCUCCCCUCUGGGGCCCCAGAGCUCCGGGCCGGCCCUGCCUCCUGCCCUGUGUCCCCAGCUGACGCCAUGGGAGAUGUCUCCAGCUGCUCUACGCUCUGCCCCCUCACCUCCCUGCUCCUUCUCAUCCAGCUGCCCACUGGGGGGCCCACAGAGGGGUUCUUCGUGGCUGGCCCCUCGGAUCCCAUCGUGGCAGUGCUGGGCGGAGACACCGUGCUGCCCUGUCAUGUGUUCCCACCCAUAAGUGCAGAAGACAUGGAGCUGAGGUGGCUCCGCUCCAAGUCUUCAGAAGCCGUGUUCAUCUAUCAAAACCGAGUCAAGCAGGAUGAGGGGCAGAUGGCUCGUUACGCAGGGCGGACCUCGCUGGUGAGCGACUUCCUUGCCCAGGAGGAGGCUGCCGUACGCAUCCAGAGGGUCCAGGUUUCAGACAAUGGGCUGUACACCUGCUUCUUCAGAAAGGGAGGCUUCUACAAAGGGGCGAGUUUGGAGCUGAAGGUGGCAGGUGUGGGCUCUGCCCCUCAGGUGCGCAUCACAGGGCCCGAGGAGGAUGGGGUCCGUGUGGUGUGCACGGCCUCAGGGUGGUUCCCAAAGCCCCAGGUGCAGUGGAGAGACCUCAGCGGAGAGAAGUUCCUGGCGUUCUCCGAGGCCCACAGCCAGGACGCUGAAGGGCUGUUCAGCGUGGAAGUGGCUCUGGUGGUGAGAGACAGCUCUGCAGGGAACGUGACCUGCUCCGUCCUCAACACUGUCCUGGGCCAGGAGAAGGCCAUGGCCAUUUUCAUCCCAGAGCCCUUCUUCCCCCAGGCCUCUCCCUGGAAGCUGGCUUUCUCAGUGAGCCUGACUGUGCUGAUGGCUCUGCUCCUUGGGGCUGGAUAUUACACCAUGAGAGAACAUUUCAGGAAGUUGCUGGUGAUGCGAGAAAAGGAGAAUCUGCGCCUGGUGAAGGAGCAGGACUGGUGGAUGGAGGAGGAGGUGCUGAAGGACACAGAUGAACUCCGGACAGAACUCGGCUGGCGGAAAUCCACUUACCUGGCUGCCUGGAGGAAGGCCCAGCUGUAUGCAGAUUGGCAGAAGGAGAAGUUCCAGGCCUGUGAGUGACUUCGUGUUCUUUCUGGACGUUCCUACUGCUGCGCCCGUGGCCUCUCCUUCAGUUCUCAGUGGUGAUGCAGACGCUGGCGCCAUCAGUGGUGGUGGCGCGUUGUGGUGCUGACAGUCACAUAGGACUCUGGAUCCAGGAUCUGCCCAUUCAAACCUUGUGGUCUCUCAUGAAAACAUGACUGUGGCCUGGAAGGACACCAAUGGAUCUUGGAAGCCGAGAAACUAUUUGUAUUAGCCUGAGAUAUCUUUGAGCUUGUGGGACAUGCAUAUACUCCCACGUGGACUCUUUCAUCUACAAAUCCUGAGACUGAUCCUGAGAGUAAGGAGUAGAGUCCCUCUUCGGCCAUCAGGGAAUGGACUCACCAGCCUGGAACAAUUCUUUCCUCCAGUCUGAAAAGAAAUAUGUAUUAUCAGACCUAGUGCCUGAAUUUCCUGGUACAAGAGAACUAAAAGGCCCUUAAAAUGGAGAAUAUAGAAGACUGG